GGAUAGCGGAAGUGGCCGAUCAACCGGAAGUAGCUGGAAUCACCGUCUGCCUGAGCUACUGACAGGAUCCUGAGGUUCAGAGAGGGGGAAGCCAUGGAGUUGGGCGAACUGCUGUACAACAAGUCGGAGUACAUCGAGACGGCAUCUGGGAACAAAGUUAGUCGCCAGUCUGUUUUGUGUGGAAGCCAGAACAUCGUCCUCAAUGGCAAGACCAUUAUAAUGAAUGACUGUAUCAUCCGAGGAGACCUGGCAAAUGUAAGAGUUGGACGUCACUGUGUCGUGAAAAGCCGUAGUGUCAUAAGGCCACCGUUCAAAAAAUUCAGCAAAGGUGUUGCAUUCUUUCCUCUGCAUAUUGGGGAUCAUGUCUUUAUCGAGGAAGACUGUGUGGUCAACGCUGCCCAGAUUGGUUCUUAUGUUCACGUUGGGAAGAACUGUGUGAUUGGGCGCCGUUGUGUAUUGAAAGACUGCUGCAAAAUUCUCGACAAUACAGUAUUACCCCCAGAAACUGUGGUCCCCCCAUUCACUGUCUUCUCCGGCUGCCCAGGACUCUUCUCAGGGGAGCUCCCAGAGUGCACACAGGAGCUGAUGAUUGACGUCACCAAAAGCUACUACCAGAAGUUUCUACCCCUAACACAAGUCUAAUGUCUCUGCUUCAUAUCUUUAAUUCUUUUGAACUCUUAAGACGAACCUGGAGAUAAAGAGAGCCGCCAGUGACUACAAGAGCUGUCCUGUUUUUGACAACUUCUACUCUCCCGUUGUUGGCUUUUUUUUUUUUUCAAUUUUCCAUGGCUCUGAGCAUUUAAGAAUUUAAUAAGGCUAGAGAGAUGGCUCAGUGGUUAAGCAUGCUGGUUGCUCUUCCAGAGGACCCAGGUUCAGUUCCCAGCACUCACAUGGCCCUACGACCAUCUAUUACUCCAGUUCCAGAGGAUCUGAUGGGUUUCUGGCUUCCAUGGUCACCAGACAUAUAUGUGGUAAAGACAUAUGCAGCCAAAAUAUCCUACACACCUAAUCUGUCAACAGUUGCCAUACCAUCGUCUGAGGAGGACAGAAAGGUCUGUUCCUGACACUCUAGCCCUGUGGUUCUGCAGAUGGUUGGAACCUGCCUGGCUUGGGCCUACAGAGCAACAGCACCCUCCCAGCAUGGAGUCACAUGACCCAAGUACUGCUCAGAACCCUGUCCUAUCCCCAGGCUACACAGUCCACACAGAUGACAGGCCACUUUCCUGCUGCUAAGAUGGGACCAAUAACCACAAUUUCUUGUGCCCUGGGGAAAGUGUGAUUUCAGGCCCAGGUUCCUAUUGGUGGUUAGAACAUGAGGAAGAGACAGGCUGUGGUGACGUAUACCCAUCCUCGUACCUGGGAGGUAGAGGCAGGAGGAAUAGGAGCUACAUAGUGAGCUCACACUUGCCUGGUGGGCUACAUGAGACCCUGCUUCAAAACAACAAAAAUAAAGUCAGUAAAAAUAAGUGGUAUCUGUUGUUUUAAGGUGGCCUUAGUUGUCCUAUAGUAGCUAAUAAAAGACGUAAAACAUC